CAGGAGAUUUACAAGUACCCAAAACUGCGAAAAAAAAGUUUCAAAACCAAGUUUCGUUCACAAGACGCUGAAUUUCAGUUCUGCGUGGGUGUGCAGUACGCACAGGAAACAGCGCGCUAAAGCGGCUCCUUUUAUUAAAUUGCGAGCGGCGGAGCUCAGGUGAGCGCGCGGACGCGCAUGCCCGCCCACCUACCGACCGAAGCCUGGGCUAAACCUCUUCAGGUGCACGCGGAAGUGAGUGCUGCGUACUCGACAGUAUCUAAAAAGAUUUACACGAAGGGACAAAACCGAUCACGGUAAUUGAAUGUAUGGAACUGAACCCUCAGACAUCAUGAGCGCCGCUGCGGACGACGAGUGCCGCAUUGAGCUUGUCCCAAGGAGAAAUACCAAUGGCCUGCAGCCUCAUCCAAAUGAAUGUGACUAUGUUCUGGUAGGUAACACAAAGUGGAAAAAGCAGCAACAGACCUUUAUUGAAGCUCUGCGUGAAAAAGGAUUUUCAGUAACGGAAAUUGAAGAAUCUGACAAAUGCUUUUAUGGUAUUCGAGCGCCAGACAGCAUGCUUGAUACUUAUCAGUAUCUGAUGAAUGAUGAAAUUAUCUUUGAAAGGACCAGAAUUAGAGUUACUGAUUUUGUGCUGAACAAAACUAUAGACUCUAAGAAAGAGAGACUGACUGACUUACUCAGAAAAAAUGUUUUUGAAACUGCCUUUCCUCUUCACCAGAAAACCCAACAAGAUCAUCUAACAGAAAAAUGGGCACGUUGGACAGCACUUCAUAAAUUCCAACCUAUUGACUUAGUGAAGAAUUAUUUGGGAGAGAAAGCAGCUCUUUAUUUUCUCUGGCUUGGUUGGUAUACAUAUAUGCUAAUACCAGCAGCAAUGGUAGGAAUUGUGGUCUUUCUUUAUGGACUUGCGUUCUUUGACAAGAGCCCUCUUAUUAAAGAAGUCUGUGAAGCAAAUACCACAAUUAUGUGUCCACUGUGUGAUACACAUUGCUCCUUCUGGAAGCUGUCUGACACAUGCAUGUAUGCUAAGGUUACCAAUCUUUUUGAUAAUGAAGGAACAGUAUUCUUUGCCAUAUUCAUGGCAUUGUGGGCAACAAUAUUUUUGGAGCUGUGGAAAAGACACAGAGCUCGGGAAGCUUGUCAUUGGAAACUUUACAACUGGGAUAAGGAAGAGGAGGAUCUUGUUCUUGAAAUAGUCAACAAUCCACAGGUCAUGCCUGAAAAAUACCAGCAUUCUUACGUUUCCAGUGUCAUUGUCAUGUUUCUUGUUUCUGUCAUGAUUGUUAUUUUCAUUGGCCUAUCCUUGGGUCUUGUGGUGUUUCGAGUUUUUGCAACAGUAAUGCUGUCAGAGAGUGAAUGGAAGCUUCUAAAAGAAAAUGCCAACACUGUAGCUGUCAUGUUAGGGGCAGUGGUACACUACUUGACCAUUACUAUUAUGACAAAGGUGAACAGAGAGGUAGCUAUCUUUCUAUGUAAAAUAGAGAGGAAUCCUUUCUUUGAAGAUAAGGAAUGCAGCUUUACUGUGAAGAUGUUUACCUUCCAAUUCUUCACCCUGUUUUCAUCCCUGUUCUAUGUGGCUUUUUUUCUUGGAAGGAUUAAUGGUCAUCCCAAAGAAUAUGUAAAGAUUGCACAGCAGUGGCGGCUGGAAGAGUGCCAUCCCAGUGGCUGUAUGACUGAUCUCUUUAUCCAGAUGGCAAUCAUUAUGAUUCUGAAACAAACUCUUAGCAAUAUUGUGGAGUUUUUAUCACCCUGGGUGAAAAUGAAAGUUAAUUCUAUUAAGUAUCGUUCAGCGAAAAAAAAAACAGAUGGAGAGAUAGAUAACUGGCUACGAAAUUAUUACUUGAAUAAUGUCUCCUACUUUAGUUUGUUCAAUGAGUUCCUGGAGAUGGUCAUCCAGUACAGUUUUACCACAAUAUUUGUGGCAGCAUUUCCACUGGCACCUUUCCUGGCUUUGAUUAACAAUAUUUUUGAGAUUCGCCUCGAUGCAAUCAAAAUGACACGUUUGGAGAGGAGAUUGGUCCCACUUAAAACAAAUAAUAUAGGUAUUUGGUUACAGGUGCUGGAGGGAAUUGGAGUUUUGGCAGUGAUUUGCAAUGGAUUGGUAAUUGGUAUCACGUCUGACUUUAUACCUCGAUUGGUCUAUAAAUAUCGAUUUGGACCCUGUGCUUAUUCAAAUGCCACAGAUAUUAACUGCAUGGUUGGGUAUGUUGAAAACAGCUUGUCUACAGUUAACUUAGAACAUCUAGACCCAAAACAUCUACAGAACAAUUCCAAUUUUGUUAAUCUCACCUACUGCAGAUAUAGGGAUUACAGAAGUGAAGAAGACUUUACUUUGACUGCUCAGUUUUGGGAAGUCUUUGCUGCACGUUUUGCUUUUGUACUUUUGUUUGAGCAUGUAGCAGUAGUAAUCAAAUUUAUUGCUGCUUGGUUUGUUCCGGAUAUCCCAAAGCAAGUGAAAAACAUUGACCUCAAUCACAAAUUUGCUAACCUAAAAAAAAGACUAUGCAUGAUGCCUCACAGGACAACAAGUUUAUGAUACUUCAGAAAAUUACAGUCCAUCUGAGUAUGAAGAGAAUAUGCAUAAUACUGCAAAAGCCUUUGUUGCUGCCAGUUUUGGUGCUCAGCAGAUUUUACUUGCAAACUCUUGGUUACAGAAACAUUUCUGCCACCUGCAUUGUGAGUGAAGCCAAACAUUCAUUAAGUGCAGUUCGUGUCCAUCUGAUUUGCUUAAAUAUCAUUAUUAACAUAAUAAAUCUGUAUAUGCCCUUAAUCACAACAGGCAUAUAUACACCCAGGCCAGCUGUUCUGUCAUUUCCUUUUAUACAUGUAUAUCAAAAAAAAA